CGGCGACGCUUGGUCCCCCGCGCCGCCCAUCAACCCUGCCGUGUGGCGCGCCUCUCACUCCGCCAAGAUGCACGACGCCCGCGCCCAGAUUUCCCGCGGAGAAAGAACAAGGGAGGAAAACCGGCGUGCUUGCGAGGAGACGGCGCAGCUGACAACCGGGCAUCAACAGGAGGUCGAGCGGCGUCUGGAAGACCGCUUCUGUGACGUCACGUUCUGGCGGGAUGAGGUGUCGACGCGCUACGCUAAUCCUGGACAAAGAUGCGGCCGAUCUCGCCACCCUCCGCGACCGCCUCAUGAAAGCGCUGCACUUGUACGUGCGGCCGCUGGAGGUGGCGCGGCGCUGCAUCGCCUUCAGGAAGGACCGACGGGGCGUGGAGGAAGUCGAGGACGAGGCCUCGACGGCCCUGCGGCAGGAGGUCCAGGAGCUCCUUCGGUGCCGCGACGCUCUGCAGAGAUCACUGGAGGACACGCAGAAACAGAUCCGGCGUGUGCUGUCGUGCCGAUACCACCUGGAGAAGAACGUACAGGACAAGGACGGCGCUCUCAAGGUCGAGGAGGAAACGAGGCGCCUCACAGCCACCGCCCACCCAACGGACAUCAUCCACGGACAGACUAUUGA